CACGUGUUCCGGCCGAUCCGGCAUUCGACCCCCGCCGCCCGCCCGACAUGGACUCCGCCGCCUCCUCUCCCGGCCCCGGUGGAACCCCUCGCCGGGCCAAACCCAACGCCUUCUUCUGCACCGUCCCCGACGCCGACGACUGCAAGUCUCUAGAAAUGAGCGACUCUCCUUCCCGACGACCCUCCGGCCCCGUCCGAGACGGACCUUUCGACGAGACCGUCCCUCCGCCCGAACUGGCCCAAGAAGUGGAGGCCCGACCCUGGCAACCCCCCGACCAGAGCGCGCAGACGCGACUUCUGAUCAAGGGAGGAAGGAUCGUCAACGACGAUUGCAUCUUCGACGCCGACAUCUACGUGGAAGACGGCGUCAUCAAACAGGUGGGAAGAGACCUGAUCAUCCCGGGAGGAACUCGGACCCUCGAGGCCAAGGGCAAAUACGUCAUUCCCGGCGGAGUCGAUCCCCACACUAGAUUCGAAUUCUCCUUCUUGGACGUCAAGUCGUCGGACGACUUCUAUUCGGGAACCAAAGCCGCUUUGGCCGGAGGAACCACCACUAUAGUGGACUGCGUGGUCGAUCCCAGUUGUUCGAUUUUGGAAGCCUACGAGAAAUGGAGGAGCGUGGCCGACGAGAAGGUGUGCUGCGACUACGGACUGCACGUGACCCUGACCUGCUGGAACGACAAGGUCGAACGGGAAAUGGACCUCCUGACUAAAGAAAAAGGUGUCAACUCGUUCGUGGCUUUCAUGGCUUACAAGGACCUUCUGAUGCUGAACGACGAAGAACUGCUGAAAGUUUUCGAGGCCUGCAAGAAACUGGGAGCCCUGCCCCAGGUUCACGCCGAAAACGGAGACAUCGUUCACCAGCUGGAACAGAAAAUUUUGCGCAUGGGCAUCACCGGACCCGAAGGAUACGUCUACUCCAGACCCGAAGAGGUGGAAGCGGAAGCUACUUAUCGAGCCGCCACUCUGGCCAAUCAGACCAACUGCCCGCUGUACGUGCUGAACGUCACCGGCAAGAGCGCCGCCGACGUCAUUUCCGGCAAAAGGAAGGAAGGUUGCAUCCUGUUCGGAGAAACCACCGCCGCUUCCCUGGGCACCGACGGCACUCACUACUUCAACAUGUGUUGGCAACACGCCGCCGCUCACGUUACUUGUCCUCCCCUCAGACCCGAUCCUCGUCUGUCUUCUCGCCUCAUGGACUAUCUGAGCAGUGGCGAUCUGACGGUGACCGCCAGCGCCAACGCUACUUUCAACAACGCUCAAAAGGCCCUGGGAGCCGACGACUUUACUAAAAUACCGCACGGAGUCAACGGAGUGGAAGACAGGAUGUCGGUGGUUUGGGAAAGAGGAGUGGUUACCGGCAAGUUAACUCCCUGUCAAUUCGUGGCCGUCACCAGCACCAACGCCGCCAAGAUAUUUAAUAUUUAUCCUCGCAAAGGUCGCAUCCAAGUGGGCUCGGACGCCGACCUGGUGGUGUGGGAUCCCGAGGCCACCCGCACCGUCUCGGCCAAGACUCAUCGCCAGAACACGGAUUUCAACGUCUUCGAGGGCAUGACGUGUCACGGAGUACCGGAAUACGUGGUGACUCAGGGCAGAAUCGUCUUGGAAGAGGGCGAGCUGCACGUGUGUCAAGGAAUGGGAAGAUUCGUCCCCAUGCCUCCUUACUCGCCUUUCGUCUUCGGCCGCGUCAACGACAGAGAAAAGGCCAGGAAGCCGGCGAAAGUUGACCGAGACGCCUAUUCGGGUCCCGUGGACGAGAACGUCACCUACAUGGUGGAGAAGGCCCACUAUCCGGUCAGAGAGAACCUGGUCUACGCCCAACCGUCGUCCGAGUUUCACUCUCGCCCGCCCACUCGAAGCGGAGGAAGAAACCUUCAGGACUCCACCUUCAGUCUGUCUGGUGCGCAGAUCGACGACAACAAGAGUCCGAGAGCCGGGAUCAAGGUCAACAAUCCUCCCGGAGGACAUUCUACCGGACUGUGGUGAACUUUUUCCCAGGCGGCUCCCGAAGUCUCGUCCCUCCCACCGGGCGCCGCCGCCCGGGAUACGGGGCGGGAGGGCGCGUUCCGGUCGUCCCGGGCAGGACCGCCCCCCUAUUUAUUCGGACGGAGACUCCGACCGCCACCGGCACUUCUCACUCGCCCUUUUGAUAAACGCCGUGCUUUGUACCAACGUUUAUAUAUAUAUAUAACGUACGUUUGUGUCUACGGAACAUUUAUACGCCCACGCGCGCCGGAAGUGGACGAUCGGCGUCCCAGCGUCGAUCCGAAACCACACUCUUCCUUUUUCUAUGUCCGUUCUUCCCCUUUGUUUCGUCGAUAGACGGAUGCCAAUGUUUACCACUCGACGCCUACGCUCAGCGCUGUGUGUAAUGCGUAUUAACAAUAAAAUUUGCCGUAAUCCAUG